AUGGACGCGAUCAUAUCCUCUGCUCUCGAAGAAAUCUGCGCGCAAGGGCGACAUGGCCUCACCCUAUCCUCCCUUUGCUCGAAGCUCGGUCUGAGCGUCGGACUUAAACGAGCCUUAUGGACCAACCUACUCAAAAUCCCAACCGUUCAGUUUCAAGUUCCAAAUCGUGUUUACGAUCCAGAUGACCCUUCGAUUCGAUGCUUCGAGGAUGCGGAAAAGCUGGAUUUGAUCAUUAUAUGUGGCAGAUUGAAAAAUGCUGGUUUAGUAGAGAAGACUUAUGCAAAGGUGAACGGGAAGGAUGAGCGCUGCCUACAUUUGCUAAAAAUGUUUUCCCUCGUGGAUUUUGAGCAAAAACCAAUCAAGCAUGUUGAAGGCAAAGAACUGAAAUUUGGAAGAUGUCAAAUAGCUAACCAGCUUGUGGAGCUUCCCAUUUUGCAUCAGAUUUAUGACGCAAUUCAAGCUGCAGGAGUUGAGGGGAUGCUUAUUAAAGAGUGCACACACUUAAAAAAUGGAAAAUUGGCAGAGAAAUUUAGUCUUUGGAUGAAAUGUGAAAACUGCAUAUGUCCCUUUUCCGUCUCAUUCAUAGAUUUUUCUGUGAAACAGGUCAGCCAGAGGUUUGGAGUCGAUAUGAAGACAAAUUUCAAAAACUGUUGUCUUAUGAGCAAUAAAUUUGGGAUGCCUAUGCAGAGGGAACUUCAUAAAAAAAACUCUGAAUACAGAAUUCGGACAGCCAAGAGCUGUGAAUCAUCGGAUGUGAUUCCAAGUAGAUCAAAAGACCUUUUCAGCAAAAAUUCUAGUUUGGGUGUUGUCAAUCCUGGGUUUUCAGACGGGUCAGCCCAAAUUUUAGGUCUUUUGAACUCUGAAAGUAAUACCCUGGGGAAGACAAACAACAGGGAAACUGAAAUAGAGCUUUCGUGUUGCUCUACCAGAGGUAGCGAGGCAGGCGAUAGUAUCUCCAAUACUUGCAAAUCACAAGAGUUAAUCCAUGAAUCUAAAGAAGUUGUUUCCGACACAGGACUCCAUUCAGUGAAUAGUCAAACAAUGCCACUUAAACCCCGUCAGUAUUUGACAGUUGAUAACACCCGGAGGGAGCAGAGAAUCGUUGACUGGUUACAGGUUGAAAAGGUUGUCUUGAGAGCAGAGCUAUAUAGGUGGCUUGUGGAUCUUGAGAAGGACAAAAGCACAACAAUGGGCAGGAAAUCUGUAGACCGAAUUUUGUACAAGCUUGAAAACCAAGGGCAAUGCAAAUGUGUCCACCUACCUGUACAUGAGAUUAUGAGUACUGAUGCUAACCGUAAAGUCAAGGUGGCUCUGCACCCAUCUAUUCAAAGUCUAUCUUCUGAGGUACUAGGUAGAAUCCGUUAUAGACUCAUGUGUUUUGAGAAGCAAACUCAUUGCCAGGGCUCAUUCAAGAAAAAGAACAUUAACUCAGUUCUUGUAUUGGAUGGCGUACAAAGAACUCACACUCAAGCUUGUUCGGAUGCCCUAGCUCUUAGAAUGGCAGCCAUGCGUGCUAAUGGAUUCAUAUCGGGAAAAAUGGUGCGUGCAAAGCUGUUGCACAUUUUUUUCUGGGAUUAGGUAUUUAGUUCACCUACUAGGAAUGAUGUCUUAUCAUAUGGGAGACAAGAUCAUGAUCAACAGAAUCCUUAUGUCACUCACAAUCUGUUUGAUGUGAAAGCAGCUAUCGAGGGCAUUCCACUUGAGCUAUUCCUUCAAGUUGUGGGUUCCACUGUUCAAGUUGACAGCAUGAUAGAGAAGUUUAGAAAGGGACUACGUUUAUGUGAUCUUUCCAUUCGGGAGUAUAAUGAUCUAAAUGUUACUCCAGCAAUUAGGAGACUGUCAUCGAUUCUAUCUAUUUUACAGCGGUUGAAGUUGAUUCGUCCGGUAACUAGUGAAAGCUCUGAAGAUGGAGUCAUUGUCCCACAUGCCAGUCCUAUGUAUGUCCUGGAGCUUAAGCCUUGUAUAGAGGAACCGCCAUUAGUUGCAACAUAUUCAAGUUCUGGAUGCCUUGAUUGUUGCCCAGACAGAGAUGCUGUAGAUGAGAUUGUCAGGCAUGAUUUUAUCCUCUCAAACAGAGAUGCUAUUGAUGAAUACUGGCGAGUUUUGGAAUAUAUUUAUGCAGUGGCUGAUCCGAAAGCUGCUUUGCAUGCAUUCCCUGGGUCUACAGUUCAUGAGAUUUCUGGUCACAAGUCAUGGGCCUCAGGUCGAGGAAUGACUGCUAGUCAGCAAGCCAAGGUACUCAAACUUAUAGUGAAGAGUAACUUCAAUAAAAAACUUCCAUACAAAGAAUGUAAGGAGAUCGCGAAGAAUCUAAAUCUCACCUUGGAGCAGGUUAGAUCAUGUUUCAGGUUAGAUCGCGAAGAAAAUCUUACGUUAGUCUCUCCUCAAGACCAUGAAACUCGGGUGCAAGAACAUCAAGAGGAAGAUCACUGGAAGAUUUCUGAAAAGCCUGGAGUAAAUAGAGACAAGUGUGACUCCUAUACCAGUCGUUCAGCCUUUACCAAGAUGAAGUCAGCACGUCAAAGAAGGUUUCCAUGGACAGAUGAAGCAGAUAGGCAAUUAGUAAUUCAAUAUGUAAAACACCACGCAGCAGCAAAAUUUUCUGACAAAAGCAGGCCUUCACUUUCUGACCUUCCAGCACCUCCAAAAGUCUGCAGAAGAAGAAUGUCAUUCCUAAAGCAGAAUAGAAAAUUCAGAGAAUCUUUAAUAAGCCUUUGUAAUAUGCUUAGCGAACAUUAUGAGAAGCACCUGGAAGAAACGGAGAGCAGGUCAAUGGAUGAUGAUGAUCGUGGACUACUCAUACCAUGUUCAUCAGGGGCUGGUAAUUGCAGGAGUUUCUUUGAAGGCAUUGGAUGCAAUCAAACUAGAGGUGUCCAGGAAGAACACUGUGACAAUUAUAAUAUGGAAAAGAUUAAUUUAGCCUUGGAAGAGGUUCUUCGUAGCAGGUGGGUGGCUACACUGGAGGCCCCUGGAAACGUCUGCGACUCUCAAUUUCCAUCUAAUACGGGGAGUAGCGCUGCUAGAUUUUCUAGGUGGCUUCGUGCACGUGAAAAAGAUUUUCUGAGAGGAGGCAUCGAUCUCCGUCCAGAUUUAACGUGUGGGGAAAUUUUUCAUUUGUUUGCGUUAGUUUCUUCAGGCCUCAUUUCUGCAAGUCUUGAAAUUGGCAGCAAUUCAUCACAUUCUGAAGUUGGUAACGAAAAAGUAAAUUUCAGAAGCACUGUCCCUGCUCCUGGGUAUUCUUGUGACUCGACUUGGGAACUGAUGGUUUGUUAUGCUACACUUUUGAUGCCAUUACCUUCCAAUCAAGAACAUGUUGGUACUUUGUCUCCUGAAGUCUUUAAAACUAUCUACACUGCCAUCCAGAAGGCUGGUGAUCAAGGUUUGGCCAUUAGAGAAGUUUCCAGAGUUAUGGAUACAUUAGGAGAAGAAAUGGCUGAACUUGUCAUUGAUGUACUCCAAAAGUUUGGACUAGCAGAAAAGGUCAGAAUUAACGGUUCACUUCGUGUCAUUGCUGGAUCAACAAAGAAGCCCUCAAGCAUACACAUGGAUUACAAUGAUGUGCAAAAAUUCAACAUUCUCAAUCAUCAUGAGCAUGUUGAUUCAUUGCCUGAUAAAACUCACACUGUUAAUUUGCGUGAGGAUUCUAUGCAACGCAAUGUUGUAUACCAGGAGCAAAUAAUAGACAUGGUCUGCCUGAAGGCUGCAAAUGUCAUGCGUGAUAUUAUUCACAAAAUGGAGUUGCCAAACCCCCAGCACUGUAAGAAGGUAUUAAGGUUGAUGGUUCGGGACAAACACCUUAUCAUGAAGAAGAUGCAUCAAAGUCUACCUGGUGGAGUCCCAAGUGUUUUAGGAACCCUCAACAUGAAAAAAUCAAAAUUAAUUUACCGCGAGCACUUCUUCGCCAACCCUAUGAGAACCUCUCUACUGUAG